GGGAGGAUCAUAUAAACAAAUCCAAAACCAAUCAUUCCAAACAGACCAAAUAAACAAUAAGAAAUUGGUGUUAAUCAAAGUGCAACUGUUCGACUUUUAAAAAUAAAUUCUCUGAACCCGUCCUCAGGAAAAUGGGGGGUGAAAAUUCGUCAAGGGAGAAGAGUCGAGUGGCGCAGAUAAGUAGUUAAUGUUCAAUUGAUAAAUGAAGAUGAAUCGGUACAUCACGCUCAAUCAAUUGGGCGAUGGCACCUUCGGCUCGGUUGUCCUCGGCCAGAGGGUCGACACUGGAGAAAAAGUUGCCAUCAAGAGGAUGAAGCGAAAAUAUUACUCCUGGGAAGAGGCCAUGAAUCUUCGAGAAGUCAAGUCCUUGAAGAAGUUGAGUCACGCGAAUGUCGUGAAGCUCAAGGAGGUCAUCAGAGAAAAUGACGUCCUUUAUUUUGUUUUCGAAUAUAUGAAGGAAAAUCUCUACCAAUUAAUGAAGGACAGAGAUAAAUUAUUUCCUGAGCCGGUAGUGCGAAACAUGGUGUACCAAAUCCUCCAGGGUUUGGCAUUCAUGCACAAACAUGGUUUCUUCCAUCGAGAUAUGAAGCCAGAGAAUCUUCUCUGCAUGGGACCUGAACUAGUAAAAAUCGCUGACUUCGGAUUAGCGAGGGAAAUCCGCUCGAGACCCCCUUACACUGAUUAUGUAUCAACUAGAUGGUACAGAGCACCGGAAGUGCUUCUGCACUCAACCACGUACAACAGUCCCAUUGACAUUUGGGCUGUUGGUUGCAUAAUGGCAGAGUUAUACACAUUCAGGCCAUUAUUUCCCGGGAAAAGCGAGAUCGAUGAGAUCUUCAAGAUUUGCGCAGUAAUAGGAACACCUGACAAGGACGACUGGCCCGAGGGCUAUCAGUUGGCUGCAGCGAUGAACUUUAAAUUUCCCAUUUUACCUAGAACACCCUUGAAGGACCUGAUUCCCAAUGCCAGUCAGGAAGCCAUUGUCCUGAUGGAGGACAUGAUGGAGUGGAAUCCGAUUAAAAGGCCAACUGCCCAACAGGCACUCAGGUAUCCUUAUUUCGAAGUGAAUAAUGCUACGCGGGUGGUCAGUGGGCGGAAGCUGGGGAAUGCCCAGAGGGAGAUGGCCAUUAAUAAAGUCAAUUUUCCACCCCCUGGCUCCACUUUUAAUCAGGAUGUCAAUAGAAAUAUCAUGGAGUCCAGGGCCAUGGAGAAAAUUCCAGUGCCACCAGCUCUACCACUCUUGAAUCAUAACAGGAUGAGGGACAGUCUCCAGAGUUGGGAGGAUGAGGAUUAUGUCAAUUCGUUGGGGAAUAAAUUACUCUCUGACAAUACGAGUGCUAAACUGUUAUCAGAUAGAGUUUAUAAGGAAAAUCGGGUGAGUUGGAACGAGGAUUAUGGAAUUGAAAAUCAAAAGCAGUUAAAUCCCAGUUGGGUGACUCCAGCCUGGAACGAAGCAGUGCCCUCCAGAAAUUGGAGCAACACCCAGACAAUUCCGAAAAAUACGAGAAAGGUUUCAGCGAAGCAGCAUUACCUCAGUGUCGCUCGGUACGUCGCUGGCCAGAGCACAAACUUGUCCUCCAGGAACGGGGAAGACGUGGGUAGAAGUAGAUUGGUUUUGAAUGGUCUGGGGGCCCAACCGACCCCGGAAAAAUUGACAGAGCCUCCGGAUUCGUACUGGGGGCAGAGAGACAGUAUUGACAGUCAAACGACACUUCACUACCUCGCUAGAAAUCGGUACAUGGCAGAGCAGAAUGGAAGAAUGCCUUAUCCGAGUGUUUAUGGCACUCAAUCAAUCAAAGCCUCGAACAAAUCAAUAAUCCAGCCAAAUUUAUUCGGAAGUGUCUUAACUUCACGCCCAAGUGGUGGAGUCCACGGCAGGACAGACUGGGCGGCCAAGUACCUCAAAUAAUCCUUCCCCUGGAAGGUCCG